AUGUAUGUGAAAUGCUUUGAUACAGUAAUGUUUUACUAUGUGAUUUUAGUGAUUUUAGUGAAUGUUACUUUUUGUCAUUUUCAAAUUUCCCGCCGUUUCGUCCCGACACUCGCAGGGGACGAAACCCAGAUGACAGAUGCCGGCAUCCGCCCGAUUACAUUGCUGGGGAUACUGCAGGAGGGACAUCGUGGGAGCGCAGGACAAGGUAAGUGAUCGAGGGAUCACGGAGCAGCGCCGCAUGGUAAAUCCGAGUGUAGCUCGGGAGUUACCGCUUGUGCUACACUCGGGAAUACCGCCAGGGUGGCUAC